AUGGGAGUCACUGGACUGUGGAGACUUAUUGAGCCCGCAGGCAAACCGGUCCCGGUGGAGACUUUGGAAAACAAAGUGCUCGCAGUUGAUAUAUCAAUAUGGUUGCAUCAGAUGGUCAAAGGAUACCAAGAUGCAAAAGGAGCCCCUGUGGCAAACGCUCACCUUAUGGGUCUAUUUCAACGUCUCUGUAAAUUACUUUACUUUAGAAUAAAACCAGUAUUUGUUUUUGAUGGUGGAUACCCUGAUUUAAAAAAAGAAACAAUUGCUAAGAGACAAGAUAAUAAAUCUAAACUUAAUUCUGAAUCAGAAAGAUUAAAAAGAGAACUUGCCCUAUUGCUUGGGAAAAGGACAGCUAUUGGUAGUUUAUUGGGGAAGCAAAUAUCUCCGAAGAAAGCCAACCCUGCAACUGAUGUAAAUAGAGAUGAUAUGUUUAAACUGCCAGCGUUGCCUCAGAAAGAAGAAGAAUCUGAAUCAGAGUCUGAAGAUGAACAAGAUUCUAGUGCAUCUACAAUUGACUUACACACUGUUGAUGUUGAAUCUGAGAAUUUUAAGAACAUGCCUGCUAAAGAAAAGUAUGAUUUACUCAUUGAAUUAAAAGAGACAAGAAAGAUGAAUUCAUGGGGAAAACUUCAUACACUGCCAAAGAAAAGUGAUCAGUUCUCAGAUUUUCAAAUGGAAAGAUUAUUAAAACGUAGAAAAAUACAAGAAUGUUUAGAAGAAACAGAGAAAGAAAUGGGAGAUGGCACAAUGUCCAUAAAUGAGCUUGAAUCUUUGUUAAAUGAAGAAGGUAUUGAUACAAAAAUUGAAACACUACCCACUCGCCGAAUCGCCUCUAAUAAUACUACAAGGUUCUUACUCAUCAAUAAUGUAAAACAAGCAUUAGCAGAUGCUAAAAAGAAAAAAGAACUACUUAGUAAAAAAGAAGAAGUAGAUAAGAAAAUUGUUCCUGAAGAAGUGACUAAUGUAACACCAAAAACAGAAGAUGAGGAACUUCAAAUGGCAAUAAAAAUGUCAAUGGAAUGUGUAGACGACGCUAAUACAAGUGCUGGUACAUCUAAAACAGAUGAUUCUUGGACUUCACAUUUAUCAGACUCUGAUUAUUCUUAUUCCUAUUCUGAGGAUGAAGGUGAUGAUAUUGAACAGCCAGAUAUGUCCUCUGCCAAGGCCUAUAUUGCACAAUAUAGUGACUUUACCUAUAAAGCUAUUGAUAACAUUGUAACAUCCAAAAAUAGUGGCUCCAAAAGUAAAUGCAAAGUCCCAAAAAUAGAUGAAAUAAUCAAGGAACUUGAAAAUGAAAAGUCAAUUAUAGUUGAUAAAGUUGAUUUGUCAUCAGAUGAAGACAAAAAAUUGCAUGAUAUUAAACUCAUAGACCCAGAUACCCAGACCCAGAAUGAAAAUAAUGUAAUUGCUGAUAUUGACGUAAAUGAUACACAGCAAUCUGUUAUUGCUGUUGAAAACCAAUCUAUUAGUGUAAUAAACCUCGACACAAGCACUGAAGAGGAAAAAUCAGAAAUAAAGACUAUUGUAUCCGAAUCUGUUAAUGUUGGAACUGUUCAAAACGAAUUAUCAGAUGAUUCUAGUGACAAUGAAUUUGAAGAAGUGCCAGAAGAAAACAAAUCAAGCAAGCCAGUUGUUGAGCUCACUCUCAACAUGGGGGCCGCUCCUGAUGAUGAUAUAUUUGCUGACGUUUUUGAAGACAACAAGCAAGAACAUAUCAAGGAAAACCAAGAUAGUAAAAAUGAACCUACAAUCUUAAAUACUAAUAUUGAUUUGUGUGAAGUAAAGAUAAAAGAAGAGCCUGAUACGUUCGAAAUUUAUAAUAUAGAAACAGACAAAGAGAUAACUGAGUCUCCGAAAAUAGAUACAUCGCCUAUUGAGAAAGAAAGCUCUGGUGAAGAUGAACAGAAUGAUGCAGUAGUAAAUGCAGAAAAUGUAAAUAAAAACAAUGAGCAAAAAGAUAUUGCAUUAUCCCCAGAAAAAACUGAUCAGGCUGUCAUUGAAAGUAAUAAGCCACCUAAGAAGUUAUUAACUACUGAAGAUUUAAAUUCCAUGAUGUCCGAAAUUCAAAGCAAAGAGGAUCAUUUGAUACAAGAAAAAGGAAAAAUGGAUCGAAUCGGACGAAACAUAACAGAGGAAAUGACAAAAGAUGCGCAAGAGUUGCUUCAAAUUUUUGGUAUUCCUUACAUCGUUGCUCCGAUGGAGGCAGAAGCUCAAUGUGCAUUUCUUGAACGUGUAAAUUUAACAGAUGGGACUAUAACUGAUGAUAGUGAUAUUUGGUUAUUUGGUGGAAAGACAGUGUAUAAGAAUUUCUUUAAUCACAAUAAACAUGUCAUGCAGUUUUUGUCAGAAAGAAUAGAGAAGUCAUUUAAUUUAUCAAGAGAACAGUUGAUACUGUUUGCGUUAUUAGUUGGUAGUGAUUACACAAUGGGUAUACCUGGUAUUGGUCCUGUAACUGCACUAGAAAUCCUAGCAUCCUUUCCAUUCAGCAAGAGGCAGUUCCUCAGUGAGACAUCUAAACAGGCGAAGUAUUUUCAAAUAAUAGCUGGGCUACAAGAAUUCAAGAAAUGGGUGCGAGCAGGAAAGAGAACGGAUAAUAUUAAAUUAAAGAAAAAGAUAAAAAAUGUUCAACUAACAGAGGAUUUUCCUAGUAUGAGGGUGGUUCAAGCUUAUCUAGAGCCGAAUGUUGAAAAAAGUGAUGAAAAGUUUACUUGGGGAAAUAUUGAUAUUACUAUAUUACGAGAUUAUACAAAAACUAAAUUUGGCUGGUCACAGAAUAAACUUGAUGAAAUUAUAAAACCAGUUUUGAGCAGAAUAAAUGAUCGCAAAACUCAAAGAUCGGUUCAGGACUAUUUCAAGGCAAAGAUAGAUUUUCAAUCACUCGAGGAUAAAAUGAGUAAGAGAGUUAAAGCCGCGGUUCAAAUGAUGGACCCGGAAUAUAAGGCAGAAGUAAAUGAAGAAGAUAUUCAACCUGUAGAAGACAAAAAAGGAAAAAUAAAACGAAAACCAAAUAAAGUUACAAUGGGUAAUGACCUGUCAGAACCAUCAACAAGUAAAAAGAAGAAAUCUGAGAAUAAUGAAGCAGUAACUAAAGUUAUUAAUAUUAAUGAAGCCAAUUGCCAAGGUUUUGAAGUUGUCAUUCCGAAAACUGACAGAUUCCAAGAGAUCAUACCUCAGAGAGAAAAAGACAAACAGAACAUUUUACAGAAUAAGUUGAAAGCAAUAGAGAUAUUUAGAAAAUCUAAAAUCAGUAGAAAAGUUAAGCGCACGAAAAGGAGAGUAAAUCUACCAAAAGCCGAAGCCGAGCUAUCAGAAAGUAGCGAUGAAAAUUAGACCGAAGUUCAAAUGUCGUUAAAUAAUAUUUCGGAUGAUAAAUGAAGACUAAUAGGGAAAAGCAAUUUUAGAAAAUGAUUAGUAAGAGAAUAGCAUUUUUUUAAUACUGGUUCUAUGACAGUGAACUACGAUGGGUUUGUCCAAGUUUUAUGGGUUACCAGUGAGCAAAAAUUUCCCAACUUCAAUUCUCUUUGUAAUAUAAUUCCUUCCUAUUUAAAUUUACUUAUAACAUCAUGUUCAUGAGUGAUGUUUUUAUGGAAUCUAGAAAUUUUGAAAAUGGCAACAUUAAA